AUGAAGUAUCUCGUUGAGGUUCUAAGUGGCUCAUCGUUCGAGAUUGAAGUGAAUCACACAGAUACAUUGUUAGAGGUCAAAGAGAAGAUCGAGAAGUCUCAAGGUAUCCCUGUUUCGAAGCAAACCCUUAUCGUCGACGGCAUUGUUAUUCUUCGAAAGGAUCUUAACGUGGAACAAUGCAAGAUCGUUUACGAUUCAUGUCUUCAGCUAGACCUUUCUUAUGACAACGAUGAUCAAAUGCAAAUGCCGCAAACUGAACAAACGCUAGCACCGUGGAUUCCAGUAGAAGAGUACUUUGAGAGGCAAGAUUGGCCUUUGACAGCGGAUGAGAUGAGAAAGAUUUAUAAUUACCAAACUGAGACGAACCAAGCGAUCAGUAAGGUUCAAGAUUCGCCGGUCAUGGUAAGAGGUAACAAGAGAGCCUCGACGAGCGUGAAGGUUGAGAGCAACAACAACAACAAUGAUCAUGUUGCUCCAUAUCCUCAUUGGAAGCAGAUGAGAGGUUGA